AUGAGUCCAGUCUGCCGUUGGCUCUGCCCAGCUCCUCCCGAUUGGCUCGGCAGCCCGCGGGGGACCGAUAAGGGCGGCUAUAAAAGCCCUCGGCAUUGCUCCUGGUCCCCCAGCGAGCAGGAGCCAGAGGGGCAGAGGAGCAGAGCCGGGCUGCAGCACGUCCUUCCCCCCUCCUCUCCCCGAGCCUCAGCCAGACUCCUUUCUCUCUACCCUGGGAGCGCGUAUCCAGAUCCACGUCUUUGCUCAAGCCGAAGUGGAAGAGGAGAGAGAGAGAGAGAGACACAUACACCCAAAAAAAACCCACCCAAAAAAAAACCACACUUAGCGGAAACUUGUCAGAGAAUGCUCCUAAAGUCUGGUUUUCUGCUGCUGCUGGUGAUCAGUGCAUCUGCAUCCUAUGAAGCUGAACAGAAUGACUCUGUGAGCCCCAGGAAACCCAGGGUUGCAGCCCAGAACUCAGCAGAGGUCGUUCGCUGCCUGAACAGUGCCCUGCAGGUGGGCUGCGGGGCCUUCGCCUGCCUGGAGAACUCCACGUGUGACACGGAUGGCAUGUAUGACAUCUGCAAGUCCUUCCUCUACAGUGCUGCUAAAUUUGACACUCAGGGAAAAGCUUUUGUGAAAGAAAGCUUGAAAUGCAUCGCCAACGGGGUUACGUCCAAGGUGUUCCUGGCCAUCAGGAGGUGCUCCACCUUCCAAAGAAUGAUCUCUGAGGUGCAAGAGGAGUGCUACAGCAAGCUGGACAUGUGUGGCAUUGCCAAACGAAACCCUGAAGCCAUCACAGAGGUGGUCCAGCUUCCAAACCAGUUCUCAAACCGGUAUUACAACAAGCUGGUGAGGAGCUUAUUGGAGUGUGACGAAGAGACUGUCAGCACCAUCAAGGACAGCUUGAUGGAGAAGAUCGGGCCCAACAUGGCGAGCCUGUUCCAGCUGCUGCAGACGGAUCACUGCGCCCAGGGCCACCCUCGCGCCGACUUCGCCCGGAGACGCGUCAGCGAACCCCAGAAGCUCAAACUCUACUUCAGGAACCUGCGAGGUGAGGGCUCGGCCCCGGCCCCGGCCCACGCCAAGCGCAGCUCGGCCGAGGCCGCGUGA